GCCGUAGAACACGCUCUCUAAAAUUAUAACAUCGUGUUCUGUAGGAGGUUGUCCUAGAGAGUAGAUUGUACACUCAAAACUAUCUGCUCGCAAUGACGGAUCAGACUGAAACUGAAGUCCUCCGAGAUAAUUCUUGUGACAACUUGAAAAAUCUUUCGUUGACACCGAUACCACAACAGGAACUCCUCGACAAAUCUUCUGUAACUUUCUUUUUUCCUGAGAAAAUUGGAAACGAAAUUGAAGAAGAAUCUCUAAAUAAAAUGACUCUUUCACCAACAACUUUAAUAAAUUCAGCUCAAAUAAGUGACAUUGAAAAUUAUGCAGAAAACGAUUAUUCUGUAUCUGCGUCUGCUAAAUUGCGAAAAAAGUCGUCGAAACGUUCGAGUAAAACGAAAAAGAAAAGGUCGUCGUCAUUUAAUGUAGAGGAUGAUAUUGAUGAUUACGGAAAUCCAAUGAGGCGUCCAUCUGCAUUAACAUCCUCUUCUGGAGAGACAGUAAUUUCUAUUGAUGCAGCAAUGAGGGAAGAUUUUGAAGAUGAUGGAACUCAAGAACAAAUUUUCGAAAAACUUAAGAUUCAUAAAGAAGUUCUCAAUGCUGUAAAAUAUCGAUCUUGGUCUCUUAGAAAAAAAGUUAAAAUGGUGAAACAAGCUAAAUCAUAUAUUUCUAAACAUGAGGGUGCACUUCAAGAACGUCUUGCUCAAAGUAAAAAUACAAGAGAUGCUUUAGCGCGUAUCGCUAUUUUUACUAGUAAAAAAUGGCAAUAUUUUAAACGUGAGUUAAUAAAUCUUCAAACAUGGUUGGUGCCUUGGGAAUCAAGAGUCAAAGAAAUAGAAUCACAUUUUGGUUCUGCUGUAGCUUCAUAUUUUACGUUCUUACGCUGGCUCUUCUGUAUAAAUCUUGUGAUAUUUUUAACACUAACAAUAUUCGUUGCUAUACCGGAAAUUCUUACAGCGGACAAGAAUCGUUCUGGUGAUCGGAAAAUUCUGUUACCAGAUGAAUCAAAGAAAUCUACAUAUUUUCUAACUUUAUGGGAAUUUGAGGGAGUUUUAAAACAUUCACCUUUUUUUUACGGAUGGUAUACUGAUUGGGAUUCUAAUAAAGGAUACCGGCUUCCUCUUGCUUAUUUUUUAGCUAAUUUGAUAGUCUAUACUUAUAGUUUUGUCGCUAUUUUACGCAAAAUGGCAAUUAAUUCACGGAUGAGUAAACUAUCAGAAAAAGAGGACGAAUGUGCUUUUACAUGGAAACUUUUUACCGGUUGGGAUUUUAUGAUAGGAAACCCUGAAACUGCUCACAACAGAGUCGCAAGUAUUAUAUUAGGAUUUAAAGAAUCAUUGUUAGAAGAAGCUGAAAGACAUAAAAAACUUGGACAUUGGAAAAUCACAACGAUUCGCAUAUUUGUUAAUUUAUUCGUCAUAUUACUUCUUACAUUGUCAGCAUACGCAGUAGUUGUAGUCGUGGCUAGAAGUACACAAGAAUCAGCAAACAGUAGUUGGUGGAGACAAAAUGAAAUAACAGUAGUUAUGUCAUUGAUCUCAUAUAUUUUUCCAAUAUUUUUCGAAGUUUUGGGUUAUUUGGAAAAUUAUCAUCCUCGUAAACAGUUGCGGCUACAACUAGGCAGAAUUAUGGUAUUGAAUCUCCUCAACUUGUACUCAUUAAUCAUUGCUCUUUUCGACAAGAUCAGUCAAAUGGAAGAAGAAUUACAGAGUCUAAAACCAAAAAUAAUACCAGAUAUUUUGACAGCGAAUAUCAAUACAUCACACUGUCAAAAUAUAUUAGUACCCUGUAGUGAUAUGUAUCACUUUGACAUGCAAUCAUCAUCACCCUUAACUGGGACCACUGGUCAAUCUUUAAAAAGACCUUCAAUUUUAACAACAUCGCUUACAGCUUUAAGCUUGAUUUUGAUGUCUAAUACUACAACCGAAAAUUUUUUUUCUUACCAAAAUGUUUCUGUACCUCAAGUCAACGAUACAUUUUAUGAUCUUACGACAGUCAGUAAAAUUUUUAAUGACAGUUCAACAGAUUUAUAUAAUACUUCUAAAACAUUAACAGUCGAAUCUUCAUCUUUCUUUGAUAAUGUAAAGUGGGAAGGAUAUAUUGAAAAAGAUAUACCUCAAAAUAACUAUGAAUAUUAUGAUGCUGAUGGUCUGAGCUACGGGGAUGAAUCGAAUUUAACUCAAGUAAAGAACGUUACAAAUAUUUUAAUCAAUAAACAGUAUGCUAAUGAUUCUACAGGGAACUAUGAAGAAAAUACAACAAUUUUAAUAUUAGAACCUAAGGAAAAUAUAGGAUUUGAAGUUGAAGAAAAUAUUACGUUAGUUAUUGAUAAUAAUCAAGAAAAUUUUAAUAAUACCUGUAAUAAUGGUGAUGUAAAAAUUAUCAAAUGUUUCACUCGAGUAUGUAAUUAUGACAAUAACUUAGAAGAGAAAAAAUAUAAAACUACCAAAGUGACGCAAGAAGCAAUUUCGAAAUUGAAUAUAACAACGAAAAAAAAACUUCGGAAACUAUGUUGGGAAACAAUGUUUGGUCAGGAAUUAACGAAACUUACAGUUAUGGAUUUGGUACUAACAAUAAUAAUGACUCUCAGUCUCGAUUUUUUUCGUGCAUUGUUCGUUCGAUAUAUGAACCCAUGGUGGUGCUGGGAUCUUGAAAAACAAUUUCCACAGUAUGGUGAUUUCAAAAUAGCUGAAAAUAUUUUACACUUGGUCAACAAUCAAGGGAUGGUUUGGAUGGGAAUGUUUUUUAGUCCCGGUUUAAUAGCUUUAAACCUUAUCAAACUUGUUAUUAUCAUGUACUUAAGAUCUUGGGCAGUAAUGACUUGCAACGUACCACAUGAAGUUGUCUUUCGAGCCUCAAGAUCAAACAAUUUUUAUCUAGCACUAUUACUUACGAUGAUCUUUUUGUGUGUUCUUCCGGUGGGUUAUGCUAUUGUAUGGGUGGAACCUUCCUGGCACUGUGGACCUUUCUCGGGUUAUUAUAGAAUAUAUCACAUAGCUACCCAAAGUUUGAAGAAUUCUCUUCCAGUGAAAGUUCACAAAUCACUCGAUUACAUUGCGUCUCCAGGAAUUAUUAUUCCUUUGAUUGUUUUAAUGGCACUAAUUAUAUAUUAUCUAACAUCACUCGCUGGAGCUCUUAGAGAAGCAAAUAAUGAUCUUAAAAUACAAUUGCAUUACGAACGAAGAAAAGUAUUCAAAGUAGAAGAAGAAGAUGAGGAAGAAAAAGAGAAAUCAUUUGCAAAAUGGAAAAAAAUACUGCCGAGAAUGUCUUCUAUCAAGUCCGUUACUCCAAUUCAUCUUUAA